AUGAUACUUGUUGAUUCUUUAUCGGGUGUUUGCUGUACAAAAAAGGUGUCUGGGAUUUUUUAUAAACGGUAUUAUUUUUACUAUUUACAGAACACUGAUCUUGAAAAUUUAAACGCAAAACUGGCGGAAACAACGAAAAUAUUAGAUUAUACACCGGUAGAGAAGCCAACAGAGUUACUAACGUCAUUACAAAAAGAAAAUCAGGAAAAAGCUGUAGCAGAAGAACUUGCAAACAAGGCAUUAGAAGAUGAAAAUAAGAAAAAACAAGAUGAAAAAAAUAACGAAAAUGAAGAAGUCGAAGAUGAAGUUGAGGAAACAGAAGAUAAAAAUAAUGAAGAUAAUGAAGAUAAAGACAAUGAUGAAGACGAGGAUGAAGAAAUUGUAGAAGAUGUGGAGGCAGAAGAUGUGGAACCUGAUGACGAAGAAAUAGAAGAAGUAGAGGAUGUCGAGGAUGUGGAGGAUGAAGUUGAAGAAGAAAUCAUACCCGAUGAAGUAAUUGUGCCAGAGAAUUCAAUAGAUAAAAUAAAAGAAUUAAAAUCAGCUGAUAAAGAUGAGGAGGAAGAAGGGGAAGAAGACGAGGAAGAAGAAGGCAAAGACAAGGAAGGAGAUGAUAAUGAAGAUAAGGAUAAAGAUGACAAUGAAAAUGAUGAAGACUCUCAGAAUAAUGAAGACGAUGAGUCAGAAGGGCCCUCUAGUUCACUGCGUGCCUCUAGAAGGCAGGAAGAAGAGGUUGAUGAAAAUCAGUGUCGCGUAUGUUGUACUAAAGACAAUUUAGUUAGUAUCUUCAAAAAGCUAGAAGAACGUACUGUUGCCGAAAUGUUAAUGACCAUAUGCCCCUCGGUAUCUAUAGCUAUUAAAGACUUCUUGCCACAAUACAUCUGCAAUACCUGCUGCGAUAAUGUGGCCAUUGCCAUAAAACUCAAAAACCAGUGUGAAACUACCGAAAAGGAAUUAAGAAAGAAAUUGUCCCGUCACAAGAAUAAAAUACGUAGACCGGUGGGUUAUGUGGUGAUCGAUGCACCAUUGGAUUCUGAUCCUCCCACAGAUGAAGAGCAAGCCAACGAUGAAGAAUUCAAGGUAUCGGAUAUAGCGAGUGUAACACCUAGUGAAGAUUCGGAGACCUCUGAUUUCAGCGACAGUAAGAAAAAGAAAACUCGAGGACGCAAACGCCGUAAAUCGGCUGUGGUUACACCCACAGAUGGUAAAAGAUCAAAAAAUAAAAGUAGAUCCGAUGAUGAUGACUCUUCCGAUGAGAAUGAUGAUGAUGGUGAUCCUAUUAAGCAAAAGCGCAAACGUUCUAGCAACUCUUCGCCGGAAAAUUUCGCCUGCAAUGAAUGUGAUCAAACAUUCUCACGCAAACAAUCAUUGGUCCUACACAAAAGACAACACGUCUACGAUCGAGGCGAACCCAUUAAGUGUGAGGUGUGUGGUAAAAAGUUUAAAAUCAAAGGAGCCUAUCGCACUCACUUGGAAAAACAUCGCGAAGAGAGGCGAGCCAAUAAAUGUAAUCAGUGUUCCAGACGUUUCACUAACAGUUCCGAUCUUAAACGUCACAUAGCCGAGGACCACAGAGAGAAAACUAUAUUGCCUACAUGCUCAAAAUGUAAUCGAACCUUUUCUUCGGCCGGCCGUCUGCAGCGUCAUAAGCAGAAUGUUUGUUCGGCUAGUGACUCGAGUAAAUAUAAAAAAUCCGAAUCGCAUGGUUUUGCUGUGGGUACAGAUCUAUUUAAGGCAGUCGCGCCACUGCAGACAACCUAUUGGAGUGACAGCUUCUCCGAUUAAGUGCAAGUUGAUGGCAACUGGAGUAGUUUGGUUUUACAAAUGACAUGAUGUGUGAAUAAUAAUAAUGAUGAUGGUGAUGAGAUGUUCUUUUUUUAUAGAAACGUAACAUUAAUUUUACAGUAUUGGCUUAAGUAAUUAUAAAAAGCUUUUUUUCGAAAUAAAAGAAAAUCCGUAAUUAAGAUUUUUGAGUGCAA